UAGACUCCUUAAAAACCCUAUUUAUCCUACAUCCCGUCUUCUCCAACAACGAGAUUUGAUUUCAAAGCAAAAAAAGAGAAGGAAAGAUGUCGUACUUGCUGCCCCAUCUUCACUCCGGUUGGGCCGUCGAUCAAGCAAUCCUCGCAGAGGAGGAGCGCCUCGUCCUCAUCCGCUUCGGCCAUGACUGGGACGAGACCUGUAUGCAGAUGGAUGAAGUAUUGGCUUCAGUUGCGGAGACGAUAAAGAAUUUCGCGGUGAUAUACCUGGUGGAUAUCACAGAAGUGCCCGACUUCAACACAAUGUAUGAACUGUAUGACCCCUCUACGGUGAUGUUCUUCUUCAGAAACAAACACAUCAUGAUCGAUCUCGGCACCGGGAACAACAACAAGAUCAACUGGGCAAUGAAGGACAAGCAGGAGUUCAUCGACAUUGUUGAGACUGUUUAUCGCGGUGCGCGAAAGGGCCGCGGUCUGGUCAUUGCUCCCAAAGAUUACUCUACCAAGUACCGUUACUGAGUAAUUAUGUAUUUGCUUGCAUGCAUGUAUGAACCCUGAAAUUACUCUGUUUCCCUUUGUACUGAAAGUUAUCUUUCCACUUUUCUUCUUUCAUGGCGUCCUGAAAUUAUUAUCUUUCACUUAAACGAUGAAGUUUAUGUUUAAUGUUACUUUGGCUUUGUUACUCAAAAAUAUAUUCCUUUCUAAUCU